AAAGUAAAGAUUCCCGUACCCGAAGGAAAUUUCCAGGGGGCAGGAGCUUCUUCAUUAAGGAAUAUGGGGAAUAUAUAUAUAUAUAUAAAAAAAAGCGGAUUCCUUUAUUUGGGGAAUUCUUGCCAAGUUCAGAUGAAAACAUUAAUAUUUCUUGAAUUUUGGUUCUUGGGGUUUCCACAAAGAUUUUUAUGGCAGCAGCUUUGGUCGGAGGAGCGGCCUUAGGGGCAGUUUUUGGAGAGCUGCUUAGAGCCGUUGUAGAAGCGAGGAAAACACUUGCCCAGUUCCGUGAUGCCUUGGCGGAACUGGAAUCCACGCUAUCAUCCAUACAGCCAACAAUCAAAGCCAUAGAAUCACUCAACAAACUUCAUGACAGGGAGCACGAAAUGAAACCGUUCAUGGAAAUCAUUUGUACAGGAGAGAAACUUGUCAGGCAGUGCUUCAAAGUCCAUAGGUGGAACUUCCCCAAGAAGACUUGUUAUACAUACAAACUUCGUGGAUUGAAGAAAAAGCUCGACAGCUUCUGUCUGAUUAAUAUGCAAAUACAGCUAUUAAGAGACAACAAAGAAACGUCUUAUAAAAUGGAACAACUUGCUGGGGAAGUGAGAAGAUUGAGUUCCAAAGGGGCGUCCGGUAGCGACAAUGGGACGUUUAGUGAGGUUGCAGUUGUGGGUUCAUGCGAACCUCCUAAGCCUCAAGGGGAAGUUGUUGGAUUCGAUGCGCCCUUGACCGAGCUAAAGAUGAAGCUUUUUAAAGAUGGGGUGUCGGUCAUUGUUGUGUCUGCUCAGGGUGGAUCCGGGAAGACAACCUUGGUUCAAGAGCUAUGUCGGGAUGAAGGAGUCAAAGGAAAAUUUAAAGAAAACAUCUUCUAUGUGACUGUUUCAAAGGCACCCAACCUGGAGGUCAUUUUGCAGAAAUUACUCCGGCUUAAGGAUUCUAGAAUGCCUGAAUUUCAGAAUGAGGAGGAUGCCCUGAACCACUUGGAACAAAACUUCAGGAAAAUGGCAACCAAUCCCAUAUUACUCAUCCUGGACGAUGUUUGGUCUGGAUCUGAAUCCCUUGUUGAGAAGUUAAAGUUUACAUUGCCAGAUUACAAGAUCUUGGUAACAUCAAGAUUUGCCUUUCCAAGAUUUGAUUUUACAUAUCGUCUGAAACCAUUAAAUGAUGAUGAUGCUAUGACUCUGUUUCGUCACUUUGCAUUCUCGAAAGAUGUGGAUCCUGACAUUUCAGAUGAUCUCGUGAAUAAGGUAAUGAAAAGCUGUAAGGGACUCCCACUGGCCCUUGACGUGGUUGGUAGAUCACUUCGUGGGCAACCUGUUACAAUCUGGCGACGUAGAGCAAAGCAGCGGUCUAAAGGAGAAUCCAUCUUUAAUUCUAGCAAUGAGCUGCUUACUUGUCUUCAAAGCAGUUUAGAUGCGUUGGAUAGUAAGGCAGGAAUAAGGGACUGCUACCUGGACCUAGGUUCGUUCCCUGAAGAUCACUGGAUUCCUGCUACUGCCCUCAUUGAUAUGUGGGUUGAGCAGUACAAACUUGAUGAAGAUGAUGAUGCCAUUUUCAACCUCCAUGAACUCUCUACCAGGAAUCUAGUUAAUCUUGUAGUCGUGAGGAAAGAUGCACGUGAAGCUGAUGGCUACUACAAAGAGCACUUUGUCACGCAACAUGAUCUUCUCAGAGAGCUGGCUAUCUAUCAGAGCAGCUUGGACCCCGUGGAAAAAAGAAAGAGGUUAAUUGUAGAGCUAAGCCGCAACAAUUUUCCCAAUUGGUGGUUGGAAGAAAAGCAGCAAACUCUUGGUGCCCGCCUUUUGUCUAUCUCCACAGAUGAAACAUUCACAUUCAGCUGGGGCAACAUCCAAGCACCAGAAGUUGAGGUUGUAGUUCUCAAUUUUCGGACGAAGAACUACACCUUGCCUGUCUUCAUGGAGAAAAUGGAUAAAUUGAAGGUUUUGAUAGUCACGAAUAGCAGUUUUUACCCAGCUGAAUUAAGUAACUUUCUGCUUCUGUCUUCUUUAUCGAAUCUAAGGAGAAUUAGGUUAGAGAAGGUGUCAGUUCCUUCCCUCAGCAAGAGCUCUUUACACCUAAAGAAUUUGGAAAAAAUAUCCUUAUAUAUGUGUAAUAUCGGUCAGGCUUUUGGGAAUGGCACUAAGAAGAUGUCAGAUAUUUUUCCGAAUCUUUUGGAAAUUGACAUUGACUAUUGUGAUGAUCUGGUGGAACUGACUGAUGGGUUGUGUGAUCUUGUUCAUCUGAUGAAGCUCAGUAUCACUAACUGCCACAAGCUUUGUGCACUGCCUGAAGGCAUUGGAAAGCUGGUAAACUUAGAAGUGCUAAGGCUAGCAUCCUGUACCGAUCUUGUGAGGUUGCCCGAGACCAUUGGGAGCUUAUCCCAGCUUAAUAUUUUUGACAUUUCCGACUGCCUGAGCAUCAUCAACAUGCCGGUCCAGAUUGGGGAACUGCACAAUCUAAGGAAGCUCUAUAUGAGAGGGUGCUCUAGUUGUAACCUACCUCCAACAAUCACAAAGCUUCGACGUUUGAAGGAUGUCAUAUGCGAUGAGGAGACUGCCUAUCAAUGGGAUUGUUUCAAAUCCUAUCUCAGCAAUCUAAGGGUAACAGUUCAUGAAGAAGACAUCAACUUGAACUGGCUCCGGACUUGUUUUUAAGAUUCCUCUCUUCUCAUGUGGUGCUGGAGCCCCCUUUCUUUUCAUAUAUGUUAGUCUCCUUUAUGUAUUUAUCACCACUCAUUGAAAUUUUGUGGUUCGGUUGGAAGACACUCCAACCAAACAAAUUUAUUUUUAUUAUUAAAAAAAAAAUUGAUUGUAGAACAUAAUUAAAAAGAAAACCCCUUUCGACAA